AUGCACCGCGGGCCUUUUGGGGGAACUGGCGUGAGCCGGACACCACUUGCGAAAUUCUUCAGUGAGCUACUAGUCGAGCCAUCGGACCCAUUGCUGAAGAUUCACUCGAUCGACUACCUCUGCUUCAGGGGUAACAAGCACUGGCAGUAUGAUGCACUCUACGCCACGCUUGCGCGAGCGAGGACUCCAGUAGCAACCCUUACAGUAGCUGAUGAGGCGCCAAGUCGAGCUCGGGUGGGGCUCCUAGCAGAGGCCUUGUUUUUCCCGCCUACGUCCAGCCGUACCUCGUCCUACCCAUCCAUUCGCGGCCUCAAUAUCUCGUGCUCAAGUCUGUGCAAACCUCAUCUUCAGACGAUUGUGGAUAUCGUCAGGGGGAAAGGAGGUCGGUCUGGCGUGGAGCAAUCUAGCGAUCAAGGACGUUUGGUUGAGGUGAUCGUUCCGGGUUAUGGCGUAUUCCAGGUUCCUCGCGGUGCUGUGGUCUCACAAGAAGCCAAGGUGGGCCAUGGAUUGGAUGCCACUUCACGUGAAACUGAGCCGGUCAAUUCACUUUUGAUGAACUUUUCUGGUAGUUCGGGCGCAUUGGAGAAUCUACUGGGACAGAUUGGGUGGCCCUUACGCAGUCUUACGCUCCACUUUCUUCGCAAGCUGAAUGCUACGAAACUCAUGACGGCCAUACUGACGUCGUGCCCAAAGCUGACGAGUCUGUCGCUUUAUACGAGUGAUGUCGACCUGGAUCAGCUUAUCACUACUUACGAGCAAUUUGGUGGAGAAAGACAACCGGCGGCAAUUUUGUCCUUGGCGUUGAUAAAUGUCGACAACAUUGGAGCGGAUCACGGGGUGUUGUUCGCGGAACGCUUAGGCGACUCAACGACCCGUCUGGCCAAGCAUUUGGUGGAGUUCACUAUCGAGACAGGGCAGGAAUCCCCCGCCGUCAACGACUCGACUCUUCGAGCCCUGUGGUUUGCACUGAAGAGCAACAGGAAAUAA